AUGGGUGUUUUGUUUGAUACCAAAACGGUUCCUCAGACAUCAUUGGCAGAUCUGGCCGCCAUUUUUCGGUCAAUUGGUGUCUCAGGGGCGACCAGUGACCAUCUCUUGGUGUUACAGCACAGUAUUUCUCGAUUGUUAGACACCCUGGCUAGUUUUUCCACUUUGAAGAAAGUGACCAAAAUCAGCAAGGUGGUUUGGAUUGACGAGCAGAAUUUCGAUCAUGAACACAUGGAGACCAUCUCGUCCAGCAUAGUAUUUUUGUGCGAUGGCGGGUUUGAGAUUCUGGAUGCCAUUGCGGGGAUUUUAAAGCGCAAGAUCCUUCCUUUCAACAGGACUUCAAAGAUCUCAUUAAUUGUAGCCAAUCGACUGCCUUCCGCCACAGACCUCGCCAUCGAGAAUCUUGGCAUUAAGGGUGACGUGAAAGUCUAUCAUUGGUCGAGCCUCAGACCCAUUGCACUGGAGUCUGACAUCUUAGACCUCUGUUUGCCUCAGGGUGGCCUGGGCGAACUAUUUUCAGGUUCAAUUAAUCCAUUGGAUGAGUUGGCAGGGUCUCUUUUGGACCUGGUGAUAAACUCAGGCUACAAAGUGCGCAUUACGAAUACAUUUAUCAAGGGAGAACACUCGUCCAAACUCUGGAACAUUUACCAAAACAAGUACCAAACACACCUAACAAAAGUCGACCCGAAGACUAAAAAGCGUAUACAGGACCAAGACGAGACUCUAUUUGUCGACCAGCACUCUUUUUUCAACCGGAAUGUCGAUUUUGUUUGUCUGGACCGGUCUGUCGACUUGGUCAGCGCCGUGCUUACGCAACUGACAUAUACAGGACUAUGCCAUGAGACUCUCGGAGUGCAGCUGGGCAUGGUGUCCGUACCAGAGGAAAAUCUCAAGCUUAGAUUUGGAGACUUCAAUGACGAGAUCUACCAAUUGGUGCGGGAUCUCAAUUUUUCGAUGGUGGGCUCGGUACUGAACUCGAAGGCACGCACAUUGCAAGUCGAGUAUGAUAAACGUAACAACCUUACGGACAUUGAAGAAAUGAAGAAAUUUGUUGGAGAGCUGAACAAGCUGAAAGAAAGCCAGAAAUGUGUGCAGAAACACACCGUGGUUGCGGAGAGCAUAUUGAAGUCUGUGAAAGAUGGUGACCUGGAGCGCCAAAUCCCCGGGUUGGAGGCAGAGAUGCCCACCAGUAAUAAGUUCAAUGCAUUCGUGGAGCUACAGCAGGAAAUUCUGAGCGACAGUCUAGACAAUAAGCGGAACUGUGCUGCUAUAUUGGAAUACAUGUACCAAUUCGAACCUCCUCUAUCAGAGGUGUUACGACUGAUGAUCCUCACCAGCAUUGUGAAGAGAGGCGUCCGAGAGCCGGAGUACGAACAUAUGAAAACAGAGAUCUACCACAUGUACGGGAUGGACGCAUUCAAAAUUCUACUCAGAAUGAAAGAACUGAAAAUGGUGUAUCCGCGUGAAAGUCUCUCCUUUCUGCCAACUAGUAUGAGCGAAGAGGUGGUUACUAGUCCGCAUCAGCUCAUCAGGGAUUUCUCAUCCAUUGGCAACGGCUUAAAUCUUAUGCCCGUCUCUGAUCAGGUGGACCCAGCAAACCCUCAGGACGCCGACUUUGGGCUUCCUGGCUACGUUCCUAUUAUUACACGUCUUAUCGAGGCAAUAUACUCUCGAGAGUUCCUUGCAGCCCCGCGCGAUAUGCGGGUGAGGAAGUACGGCUGGGACAAUCUGGAUCUUAGCGCAUUAGAUGGAGAGCUCAGGCAAGAGUUUCUGGUUCCAGAAACUAAGAAGUCCUUGUUCAAUUCAACGAUUCCACCUAAGGCAAGCCAGCUUGCCGACCGGAAAGAUCUCAUUAUUGUCACCGUCGUGGGCGGAAUGACCUACAGCGAAAUCUCAACCAUUCGAUUCGUGCUCAAUAAAAACCCUGUCACCAAAUCAAAGCAGGUAAUUUUUCUUACCCCGGGAAUUAUUACGGGGGUCGACUUGAUUGACAGUUUAAGGUAUAGAUAA